AUCGAUAUGUCUGCGACCGGAGGUCUCGCUAAGUUAUUAACGAUAGUCGGUGUGAGUCGGUAGUGCGUUAGUGUAUGAAAUGUAUACGUAUGUGUGUAAUACGUGUUCCCGCAACCAUGAUUUGGAGGUUAAGUUGGUGUCUGAUUGUGAAUAUAUCAAGUGGCCUUCUUAGUUUUUGAUUCGGUGACUUUAAUUCUUUUAAGAAUUGGAAAUCCAUAGGGCAGCGUAAGAAAUUCUAUUAGGAAUUUUAAUUUAUUUAGAACGACCAAAGGAUGGCGCUUGGCUAUCUUGCUGCAGACUUACAAUUACUAGAAGAACGUGUCCAACGCUUGGAACGAAGGGCACAACGACAACUAUUACGAACAACGGAAAAUCCGUUCGAUUUGACGAACAACGAAUUUUAAGAGCUGUACCGCUUAACACCAGAUUAAAUUUUUUAUUUAAUGGAUGCGUUAGAACCUCGACUUCAGCGAACAAGGAUUACCGGGUUAUCUGCAGAAAAGCAAAUAUUGUCAGCAGUACGAUUUUAUGCAACUGGUUGUUUCCAACGUCCUGUGGGUGAGCAGUGGGGCAUUUCUAUGAGUCAAACAUCGAUCAGCAGAUGUAUCCACAAAGUGACAGAUGCAAUCAACGAUUUGAUUUUUAGACAGUGGGUACAAUUUCCUAUAACUCUAGCAAGCAGGCAAUUAGCAAGAAUACAAUUUCAAAAUGCACGUCAGCCAUUUGAAGGGGCUAUCGGAGCGAUUGACUGUACUCACAUUGCAAUUCUUGCUCCGAAAGAGCAUGAAGAAGCCUACAUAAAUCAUCACGGAUAUCAUUCACUGAAUGUACAAAUGAUAUGUGAUCUGAAUUUAAAAAUAUUAAAUGUGAAUGCAAGAUAUCCUGGAGCACGACACGAUGCAUACAUAUGGAGUGCUUCUGCUGCACGACGUGUUAUGGAACGCACGUAUAUUCGCGGUGAACGGCGAACAUAUCUCAUUGGUGAUUCAGGUUAUCCUUUGGAACCGUGGCUGUUAACUCCUUUGCCUCGAGAACCAGAAGGAACUCCACGUUUCAUGUAUAACGAAGCGUUGUGUAGCGCGAGAAAUUGUGUCGAACGGCUUUUUGGUGUACUGAAGUCUACCUGGAGAUGUCUUUCUCGACAUAGGGUUUUACAAUAUGAUCCUGGUUUCGCUGGAAAAAUUGUCAACGCUUGUGCAGUUCUCCAUAAUAUGCGGACUGCUCAUGGAAUAUUUCACGAUAUAGUCGACGAAUUUGAUCAUGAUGAUCAUAUAUAUGAAAAUUGUAAUGAUGGUGACAUUAAUCCAGAUAACGGUCGUGGACCUCUUGCUAUUGCACGACGCAUUCAAGACCGUUUAAUAGCAGAAAGAUUUGGCAGAUAAGAUUAUACAAAGUGUAAGUUUAAAAUUAAUCAGAAAAUGUAAAUAUUGGAUAAAACAAUUUAAUAAUAUUACUUAUUUCCUAAUAUAUAGAUAAUUUAAGAUAAACACACUU